AUGCCGUCGCUGUCCUCCAAGGACUCCUCUCCUCUCAAGCGCCAUGCAGAAAGCGACCCCGAAGGGGAGCCGCCCAUCAAGAAGCUCGAGCUACUGCAUCUAGGCUCAACAGUCUCCGCAGACGAGCAAGCACAAGACCAAGAUGAACUGACCGAUAGUGACAACCUCAUGCUACUAGACGAUACGAAGCAUACAAGUUAUAUUUACGAUAUUGAGCGCGAAUUAGCCAGCAUUGAAGCCGAGGAGAAACGGAUAUCCUUUCUACCAGACAUUGAAAAGGUGUUGAACGCGAUUCCCAAUUCCGUCCUCUCGGAACCCAAGCCGCAGGAGCAGAAUGAGCUCGUCCUCUAUCACGUACCACGCUCGUUGACGGUCACCGAGGAUCAAGACAAUGUUCGAAAAGCUAUAAUUGAAUCGAGAGCGAGGGCGAGAGCAAGGCAGGCGGAGAGCAUCGCUUAUUCGCCCUCGGUGGUGCCACAGUCGGAUGACAAGGAUAAUUCGGUAUUCACAUUCGAAGCAGACGACGUGAUGGACGUAGAUUCACUGCAGCAAUAA